UUCGCAGCGAAGCCAAACGAAGUCGUCGAAGGCGGUAAAAUUUAACAGAAGGAAUUGCAUGGUUAAUGUCGUAAUGGAUAAAGGUGCAUGCACAACCCAGAAAAUUUGUUUCAAAGUAUUCUGCAAUGAACAGAAAGCUAAAAUGCAGAUGAAAUACCCAUUUUUGAAAAAAUCGCAGAUAAAUCAAAAGAUAAAAGAACGCUGGAAGAAAAUGGACACUGCAGAAAAAAUGUGUUAUACAAAGACAGUACUCUCGCCACCAAAAUUCAAGAGGAAUGGCCAACUUAACAAUCCGCAGACUGGUAAAGUUGCUCAGAAGUCCAAUAGAAAUAAAGGAACUAGAGGCAAGUCACCUGCAGUCCGAGCCAAUGUUGGAAAUGAUGUCUUUUCAGUUUUGAAACAGAAUCAAACUGAACGCAGAACAGAAAUGAACAAAAUGUCAUGCACUGAUAGUCAAAUUGAACACAGAACAGAAAAAAGAAAAGUGUCACACACUGAUGAUUUGAAAGAUGAUGUAAAUGCUAACAGUGAAUCAACAAGUAAGAUGCUAGGAAGGAAGACAGUGCCAUGGAAAGGGAGACCAACUGAAGGUAAAACAGGUUUGUGGAGCGAUUCAUCAUCUCCUGACAGGAAUUAUGGGGAAAAGACCAAAAUUACAAAGAAAAAGAAUGUACAGGGAAUUUUAAAGCCAAAUGGUGACACUCCAACCAGGCACAGGGCAAAGAACCGAGUUUCAUUUGGAAAUUUGCCAUCUGCAAUUUCAUCUCCUGCGAACUUUGGUGACUGUAAUGCAGGUGACUCAGACGAUAAUGACAGUGUGCAACUUUUACAUAGGACUGAUGAAGACAUGUAUGAUUUUGAAAAAAUAGCCAGGUAUGACUUGUGUGUAGAAGAGGAUAAUUAUGCUAGACCAAAUCAACAAUCAUUAAAGGAGGGUAUUCAACAAACAGAUGAAAAAAUAACAGGGUGUAAAAAAAGAGUCACCAAGGGAAAGCUAACAGAAGGUGAAAAAACACAAGAUGGGACAGUUGAAGGUAAACUGUUAUCUCCAUUGACAGAUGGGUUGUCUCAAUAUAUCACUUCACCUUUGGAAAAAGAAAUUGCUCCCCAGAUGGAUAGAUAUGUGACACAGCAAAAACUUACGGAGGGUAAGAAAGCAUGUUCCCUGAAAGCUUCAUCAACCACAGAGCCUGCCAGAGGGAGCAAAAGAAGACACCGAGGUUUAGGAAAUAGAAUUAAGUCUGAUGACAAACAAACUCCAGAAUCUGACUCAUUGACAGAAUCUUUCCCAGAGAGUGAUUCUAUUGCAAGCCAAGAUAGAUUGGAGAGAAACAUGCAUUUACUCUCAGAGAAGUUGUUUAAUUUAGAGAAUACAAGCAAAGCCUUUUCAAAUGAAACGGAUGAUUCCACAGUUGAAAGCCAGAGUAGUGUGAAAGAGAUUUGUAACUCAGCAAACAUGUUUAGAGAUUCAACUCUGCUACCACAAAGGAAAAGAAAAAAUGUCCAAAAUGAUAUGAAAAAUAAGAUACUGAAAGAUUUUAGCUCUAAUUCUGAUUCAGGUUUUAAUCUUAAGAGUAAAUCCAAGAAAAAAUCAGGAGAGUCUCCAGAAUUGCAAAAGAAUACAGCAACAUUAACAUCUACUCUUUCUACUCUGGGAAAGGAUAGAAAAUCUAAGAGGACAAAGCAAGCUAUUGAUGAAAAAAGCUCAUUACAGCAAAGUAAAGAAUCAAAAAAGUUGAAAAGCCCAGAAAGAAGAAUGGAUGCUGAUAUCCUAAUUUCUGAAUCACCCCCAAAAAUGAUGAACUUUGAAAGAAAUUUCUACACAGAAGGUCCGUCUUUAUAUUUCAAUGACAAUUCAAGUAAUGACAGUGACAAUUCUUCAACUGAGGUAGACAGAGAGCAAACAAAUAAAGUUCUGGUGUCAGCAAUACUCAGAAUGCAGAGAGCUGUACAAUAUGAGGGUACUUCUGAUGCAGGAACCAGUUCACCAUCUCUAUCUGGAAUCAGCCAGCUUUCUUAUAUGGCGUCGUGUGAAGACAGUACUUCGGAUUCAACAGAAAUGGUUAAAGAUGUCUGUACAGAAGCAGAAAUCCAGUAUGUUCAGAGUAUCACAGAUAUCUCUGAUGUUGAACAAAGUGCCACAGACAACACCAACAGCCAGGAGACUGCGAACUGUCAAAAUCAGAUACCAAUUCCUAAAUCCGCUCCAAGUCAAAUGGAAAAUGAAGAUCAAGACUGCAAAGAAUUGGAAAUCAUGAAUGUCCCUCACAAUCAUGAAAAGGAGAUGUUCUUCCCAGCCUCCUCUACCAAAACUCUUUCUGAUAUGCUGUCGUGUGAAGACAGUUCUUCCGAUUCAACAAUACAUGAUGAAGAAAUGGUUAAAGAUGUCUGUACAGAAGCAGAAAUCCAGGAUGUUCAGAGUAUCACAGAUAUCUCUGAUGUUGAACAAAGUGCCACAGACAACACCAACAGCCAGGGGACUGCGAACUGUCAAAAUCAGAUACCAAUUCCUAAAUCCGCUCCAAGUCAACUGGAAAAUGAAGAUCAAGACUGCAAAGAAAUCAUGGAUGUCCCUCACAAUCAUGAAAAGGAGAUGUGCUUCCCAGCCUCCUCUACCAAAACUAAGGAUUUUGGUGGAGGUGAUGAAGAUGUUUUUCAGAUGUUUUCGAAAAUCAGUCCAUCCAAGGCAAAAAGCAUACAAGGAAAGAGAUUCAUCACAAGCUCCAGAUAUGAGGGUAGAAGCAACUUCACAGAUUUGUUUCAUGACAAUGACCUAUUCUGAUUCUGUGGUGUUUUUUUCUAAAUUUCACACAUUAUUUAUUUUUUGAAGAUAGAGUUCACAAUUAAAAACUAAAAAGCUUCAUUUGAGAUGCAUUUUAUGUAAAGUUAAUGACAAAGUAUGUUUCAUUAAGUUUCUUUCACCUGCUGUUCAGUUGAUUUGUGAAUGAUCAAUUUUGUUGAGAAUGUUUAUUAUUAAAGGUGACAUAUAAAGCCUUUGAAUUCCAAA